AUGCCAUUUCAGACGCUCGUCCUGAAGAAGUGUUUGCCUUCUAAAGACUACCCAAGGACGCUGUGUACAACACUGGAAUUGAUGAGAGCCUUGAUGGAUCUGCCUUUCCCUGUAGACGCACCUGCUCCACCUGUGAUUUAUGGGAUCUACGUGGGCUACAUAGGAGAUGCCAACCUGCUAAUGUUGAACACGCUGAUUGCAGUGAUGGAUGAUACAAACCGGAGAGCAAUACAGAAGGAAGAAUUAGGGAGCUGCGAGGAAUCCAAUGCAUCAUCUCACGUGACCUCCUAG